UUCAGUUUCCACCGAUGACGUCAGCUUGUCCUCCUGAAACCUACAGGUCGUCUCUUAGCGACGAAAGAUGUGUCAAAUGUCCGUUGCAUAGUGCUGCUCUCUAUGAAGGAUCUAUCGAAUGUAGUUGUGACGAUGGCUAUUAUCGAGCUCCAACAGAGUCAGUUAAUGUCCCUUGUUCUCAACUUUCAUCAGCUCCAAGGAACCUCUCAGUCAGCUUUGUUGACCAAUCAACGGUCAUUCUGACUUGGCAACCACCUUUAUAUUCCGGAGGUCGGAACGACACUACGUUUCGGGUGGUAUGUGAUGAGUGUUCUAAUGCUGUAACGUAUGCGCCUUCUCGUAUGGGUUUCAGAGAAACCAAAGUCACCAUCUCAGGUUUAAAACCUGCAACGACCUACACAUUCCAAAUAUAUGCUGAAAAUGGUGUGUCUAGCUACAAGGAAAGUCAGUUUGUGGAUACGACGGUUACAACAGCAGCUUCAGCUUAUCAUAUCUCCACCGAAGUAUCCCUUGUCAUCAAUAAUGUUAGGGUCAUAGAUGUAAAAAGUACAGCUAUUGUCUUAGUCUGGAAUCCUCUUGAGGCUUCAUCCCCUCCCACAGAGCUGUACGAAAUCCGCUACUUCAAACGUGGAGAGGAAAGCAACUCAUCCAGGGGUUUGACCAAGAUCCCAGAGUUUGCAGUGACUGGGUUAAAUCGUAAGACUGAAUAUGGAUUUCAGGUCAGAGCCAAAACAAGUUAUGGUUGGGGAGAAUACAGUAAGGCUAUCUACAUGAUCACUGAUGAACUUGUGGACAGUACAGCUUAUGUUGAAGAUGAAGAUCAAAUUCAAAUUCGCAUCGUAGCUGGAGUAACAGUUGCAGUGGUUGUCUUAAUGGUUGUUAUUGUAGUGAUGAUCGUCUUAUAUGUCAGAAGAAAUUCUGAUGACUGCAAUAAGAAACAACCAAGUGAUUGUGACACUCUUGACUACCACAAUGGGGAAGGUAAGAAAUUAAUUCCUGGCUUAGAACAUCUCCCAAUCGUUCCUACUGCUGGGAUAACCACUCUCCUGUUCACUCACUGUGGUGGUCAACGGAGUUAUGUUGACCCCCACACCUAUGAAGAUCCUAAUCAAGCAGUCAAAGAGUUUGCAAAGGAGCUUGAUGUUUCCUAUAUUACAAUUGAAGCCAUCAUUGGAGGAGGAGAGUUUGGGGAUGUCUGCAAAGGAAAGUUGAAGAUUCCAACACAUUCAGAAAUAACAGUGGCUAUUAAAACUCUUAAGACAGGGUCAAGUGAUAAAGCUCGUAUGGACUUCUUAACUGAAGCAAGCAUCAUGGGACAGUUUGACCAUCCCAAUGUUAUCUUUCUACAAGGUGUCGUUACAAAAAGUAAUCCUGUUAUGAUCAUUACAGAAUAUAUGGACAAUGGAUCUCUGGACACAUUCCUUAGGGCUAAUGAUGGAAAAUUUCAAAUAACCCAAGUAGUUGGAAUGUUAAGAGGGAUUGCAGCAGGAAUGCAGUAUCUAUAUGAGAUGAACUAUGUCCACAGAGACCUGGCUGCCAGAAAUGUAUUGGUUAACAACAACCUAGUCUGUAAAAUAGCUGACUUUGGUUUAUCUAGAGAGAUUGAGAGUGCAACAGAAGGAGCUUAUACAACCAGUGGAGGGAAGAUUCCUGUUAGAUGGACUGCUCCUGAAGCUAUUGCUUUUAGAAAGUUUACAUCAGCCAGUGAUGUAUGGAGUUUUGGUAUUGUCUGCUGGGAGGUGAUGUCAUACGGAGAGCGACCGUACUGGAACUGGUCCAAUCAAGAUGUCAUCAAGAGCAUUGACAAGGGAUAUAGGCUUUCAGCACCUAUGGAUUGUCCAGAAGCUCUACAUCAAUUAAUGUUGGACUGUUGGCAAAAAGAACGUUCCUUUAGACCUACUUUCUCCAGUAUAGUUAAAACCUUAGAUAAGUUAAUAAAAUGCCCAGACAAGCUAUGUAAUGUAUCUACAUACAUGAACCAGAAUUCACCAAAACCUCCUACAUCAAACGUGAUGCAAUUUAAAUCUGUGCCAGAGUGGUUGAAUAGUCUAAAGAUGGGCCAAUAUCAAAAAAAGUUUGAUCAUGCUGGUGUAACUACUAUAAAAGCAGUAGCCAAUCUGACCCACAAGGACCUGACUGCUCUGGGUGUGAGCUUAGCUGGACACCAGAAGAAACUACUUAACAGUGUGGAAAUGCUCAGGGCUCAGAUAUCAGAGGGAUUUCUGGUAUAGUGACUAUAUCUCUAUAAAGUUAUUUUGUGAACAAGUUUUAUUUAAUGGUUGUGUGUCGGGCAGAACUUCUGUUCUCAAAUGUGAAAUCCAACAUGUCAUAGAUCCCCUAUGGUGGAACUUAGUAGUACUGGUGCUACCUUAAGGAAAAGUUCUUUACUGCUGAAUUCAGAAAUCUUCAACAUUUAGGACAUUUCUAUAUUCAAGUAUGCAAGUUAGUUUGAUGUCAAUUUCAUUAUGGUAAUACAUUCCUGGGUCAUGAAUUUAGUAGUACUGGCUAUACCUUAUGGAGAGUACUGUUGGAUGCUGUGUAUCAAGAUGACAUGUCAGAGGUGGUCAUGUUAUCGUGUUUUGUUGUCCUGGCAGGAAUUUUUCCUGAUCUUCCUAGAACAUAAUGUUUCAACACUGCACCAAGGAAAGUGGUAUAAACACCAAUCUGCUUUCUUAAAAGCAAACAAGUCAAUAUAACUUUACAAUAUAAAUGUACAUUCUUGUAAGAUAAUUGCCAGUUUAUACACUUGUGUAGUUGGAAUGCAGAUUUGGGCUUGUAUAUUUAGGAUGCCUCUCAGUUUCUUAUUUUUUGCUAUGGUAGUAGUCUCCAUAGUUGCAGGUCAUAUGUUCCAUAACUUAAAAAUGACUAGUUUAGUGAACAUAUCAAUCAUCAACCAACAGUGGGAUUUUGACAUCCAUAUUUAGUAAAGACAGUAGAAAAUGCUCAUGAGGUCUUAAAUGUCCUGUACCACAUCAAAGGAGCUCCAAAUCUUGGAAAUCAAAUAAAGAUGAAUUAAAAAACCGAAUGUUAGUAUGGUGGAUUUUUGCUUUUUUCAUCAAAGACUUUGUACAAACAUUUCUUUUUUUC